GAAGUCUCCAGACUGCUGAAUGAAUCAAAUCCUGCCACUUCACCAAAACUCUAGGCCGAAACCGAUACUCCGUUACACUACUGGAUCGAGGGUUCCUCCCGCACGUGGACCUUGAUAUAAAACUGCAAUUGCGAGAGUUAAUUUCGGGAUAGCAGCUCUGUUACACAAAAACCAGAGGUUGAUGGACAAGUAUCAGAUCUGGCUAAGCCUCGGAGCCUUCGCUUUGCUGGUCCUAACUGCCUCAGCAGAUGAUGUCGUCGUACUAACCGAAGAAAACUUCGAGAAGGAAGUCGGGCAGGACAGAGGAGCUCUUGUUGAGUUCUACGCCCCCUGGUGUGGACAUUGUAAAAAGCUUGCACCAGAUUAUGAAAAGCUGGGUACCAGCUUCAAGAAAGCCAAAUCUGUUUUGAUAGGAAAGGUGGAUUGUGAUGAGCAGAAAAGUUUGUGCAGCAAAUAUGGGGUUUCUGGAUACCCAACUAUUCAGUGGUUCCCAAAAGGAUCUCUGGAACCCAAAAAGUAUGAUGGGCCACGGACUGCAGAAUCCCUUGCUGAGUUUGUUAAUACUGAAGGAGGAACCAAUGUGAAGAUUGCCACGCCUCCAUCCGACGUAGUUGUUCUGACACCUGACAAUUUUGAUGAGGUCGUCCUGGAUGAAACCAAAGAUGUCCUGGUUGAGUUUUAUGCACCAUGGUGUGGACAUUGCAAAAGCCUUGCUCCUACGUAUGAAAAGGUGGCCACAGCAUUUAAACUGGAAGAAGAUGUAGCGAUUGCAAAUCUGGAUGCUGAUAAAUACAGGGAUCUUGCUGAAAAAUAUGGUGUUAGCGGGUUCCCUACGCUAAAAUUCUUCCCUAAGGGCAACAAAGCUGGGCAAGAGUACGAGAGUGGCAGAGACUUGGAUGACUUUGUGUCUUUCAUUAAUGAAAAAAGUGGCACACAUCGAGAUGCAAAAGGACAUCUUACUUCUAAAGCUGGCAUAGUUGAGAGCUUGGAUUCCUUGGUAAAGGAGUUUGUGGCCGCGACUGAUGAAGAGAAGAAAGUUGUAUUUACUCAAAUUCAACAGGAGGUUAACACACUCAAGGGUUCUGCUGCAAGGUAUGGGAAGAUUUACUGGAAAGCUGCUAAAAAUACUUUGGAGAAAGGUUCUGAUUAUGCUAAAAAUGAAGUCCAGCGCUUACAGCGCUUACUUGAAAAGUCUAUCAACCCGGCGAAGGCUGAUGAGUUCACUCUCAAGAAGAACAUCUUGUCAACAUUCGCAUGACGUUGUUGCGCAAUUAUCAAAUAUCAACUUUGUUUUUUGUUGGAGAUUGAGUGCCUCACCUCCCGCAUCCUUUCUGACAACUCAAAAUUUUGCGGGUCACUGAUCUUAGUUAUUUCUCCCCCUAAAAUUUAAGUAGAAUAGUCUCUCGGCCUUUAAUGUAUUAGAAAACCAUUUGCCUUAUUUUUAAAAUUCGGUACUUAUUUUUGCUGCUUAGUUAUUUUCUUUUUUAUAUUUCAUGUUUUGUUAUGAACAUACAGUUUAUUGGCUCGUCUACUGGAUAAAUCUGAUAUAUUUCAGAUUGAAAAGAUGCUGCCCUACUUAGAAAUUGAGGAUGCUAUUGGAAUUGGAUGAAGGUUUGAAUAA